AUGAAACCCCGCAGCCACGAAAUAAGACAGGACAAACAUCACGAAAGAAAAAUCAAUCAACCAUCCUUUUAUUCCUCACUCCCCCAAAUCCACCCAAAACACACAGCACCCACCCACCCAUCUUCACUUAACCGUACCAAUCUUGAUAACAGACGCAGCCCCAAUCCGAUGAAGAACCACAACAGCAUCACCAACCCCACACAGCCCUUUCCCCUUGGCGUGCUCCAGCGCAAACACCAGCGCCUCCUCAGUCGACUCCUCACGGGAAGCUCUCGUGGACCCCGCACACAGUAUCGGAACCAAACCCCUGAAAAUAAGACUAUGCCUCGCCGGCGACUCGUCGCUACACGACCAAUCAAACGAGUCCGUCUUAAUCUCAGGGACCACCACAGACAGUAUCGGCAUUCCAGGACGGUACUUCGCCACCAGCUUAGCCGUGCUCCCUCCUCUCGUCAACACCAAUAUAAGCGCAGCCCCAGAAGAAUUAGCUGUCCUAACGGCAGACGAGGCCAGGCUCUCGAGCGGGCUCAUGGGGACCGGCGCGUUCACGGUUAUCCGUUUGAACACGUCUCCGUAGUCGAUGGUGCCCUCGGCCUCGAUGCAUAUUUUGGCCAUGGUGCGGACGGCGAGGUCUGGGUAGGCUCCGGCGGCCGUUUCGCCGCUCAGCAUUACGCAGUCUGUCCCGUCGAGAACGGCGUUGGCCACGUCGGUGGCCUCUGCGCGGGUUGGCCGCGGGGAUUUUAUCAUGGACUCGAGCAUCUGUGUGGCUGUGACGACUGGCUUGCCUUGGAUGUUGCAUUUAUCAUGACUUUCUGGGCGAGGAAUAUCUUCUCGAUGGGGAUUUCCAUCCCUAGGUCGCCUCUGGCCACCAUGAAGGCGUCCGAGUUGGCGAGGAUGUCGUCG